AUGCUACGCUUAAAACCAUCAGAACUUACCUUGACGCCCGAGGAUGUCGACGAGACCCUUCGCCGCAUGGCGCGUCGGCAACCACCGCAACCCCCACCAGCGUCUAGACCACCGCGUCCUAGAACCAGUGGACGUCCUCUUGCACCAAGACUCAUGCCUGGCCCCCAACGCUCUGUGAGAGCUGCCAUUACUGACCUCGGCAACAUACCGAUACUGAGGCCUCCUCCUCAGCAGGCCACCAUCGCACAUGUUGACGAUGAAUACGAGGAUUCUGACGAGGCCUUGGAUGGUCCUGCGCCGCCCCUCGUAAGCCUCCUCAGCCUCGCUCCCGUACCAACGCAAACUGUACGUAUCGGCGCUGCUUUGGCUAUCGCCAACAUACCUGCACUACGUCAUAGCAGCCAGCUGCCUUUCCGACUCACUCCUCCACACAGAAGGCUAGAGACCAGCCAAGAUGCAUCCUCAUCGCCGAAUGAGCAAGCUGGCGAUUCGGAAGGUGACUUUGUUGAGCCGGCAGGACCUCCAGCGGAGCCGACCAACGUACCUACUCCAGACACUCCUGGUCGCAGGGGAGCAAAUGAGGACAUUGCUGAAGGCCCCUUACCAGCACGUCAGCCAAAUCAGUCCACUACUCCAGCAGGCCUGCGAGGUGGAGCCAGCCAUCCUCAAAGGAACCGUGUCCGAUCCGUCGGUCAAGACGUGCUUCAUGCCCCAUCGCCGCUUCGCCAGUCGCAGGUGCACAGCCAGUCAGAAGAAUAUUCGAGCGACUCAGACGAAGAGCACCCGGUGAUACACCUGCAGGGUUACUUCAACUACAAGAGCAACCCAAAUGCGCAGUAUGCUUACACCUUCCGAGAAGUGUUUCCUGACGCCCCACGAACAGAGCCAUUUCGAAGGAUCAGCCAACCACGAUUCCACACGCGGAGUCAGUCCUCGAAUGACACUCCGGCUCCUCAUCUUGUCACACCGACACCGAUCGCACAGAACGACUCCGGAGGCGACGAUGUCUUUUGGACCGCUCCCGCACCUACACCUGGACGGUCUAACAACGGAAGGACAAGUGGGCGGUCCCGACUGCAAAGCAGCGAGAUGUCAAACACGAGCUUAGCUUACUCAUACUACGAGCUUCCUGAGAAUCGACAAUCGAGUGGCGAGAAUGCAGCGCAAGAUCUACUUACUCAGUCACAGUAUGACGGCACUGCAGCUUUACGGCAAGCCAGUCUUGGCACAUACCGUUCAGUCCGUCUCUCAGACGCACAAGCUCUCAACGACAACGUACCGAGGCCUCCAACACCCAACACAUCGAGCUUUGCGCCGCCAAUCCCAGCUUUCGUCGGCCAGUGGGGUGCUUCUCCCCUGCCAGCAGAGCCUUAUGCACGCACAGGCAGUAUAGGACAUCGGCAUCAACUAGCAAUCCGUCGUGCCACUCAAGCCGAUCCGGGUCAUGCAUCUCAUUCUGAUGCUGUAGCAGCUGCUGUGGAAAAUCGCAUCUCCCCACUGGAUGCGCUGACGGCUCAAUACGGGUGGGCAUCGCACCAUCUGGUAGGCCAACCAGGCGAGCCUCAGCGUGUCCACCAAGUGGGAAGACAUGGUUCCACCUACUACAGCCCCUUCUCUGGCCCAAGUCCAUAUGGCCCACCCAUGGCUAUGGCUGAUGAUCCUUAUACGCUUGGAGCCACCGCUCAUGCCGGUCAGCACGCCCUACCCUACACAGCACUCCCCAUCUCCGCCCAGCCUGCCCCUAUGCUCGACUAUCCUGGCCCACCAAACUACCACGGUCCACCAGGCUACCACGUGCCAUCGUUACCCAGGACCACGCAAGCAAUACGAAGCGGUCAGCGAUCUAGUGAGAAUGCUCCCGUUGGCCCUUCGACCCAGGACGGACGUGUCGCCCGCAACGCGCAGGUGCGAGAGCAGGUCUCCGCCUUUGAGCAGAUGCAAAUUGCAGCUCAGCCCAGACAAACGCGACGGCCACAGGUUGCGCCGCGACACCACAACGAGCCAGCCAGCAGUCCCAUUCUACCAGCACUACCCAUGAUCCCACCACGACACGGCUUGCGCCACCAUGCGGCCCUCUCUCCAGGUCACGGCAAUGUCGGACGGCGGUCUGUUCGCAUGGAUCCACGCUUGCAGGACCAGGAGAACUCGGGGGAAGCUGAGACGGAGAUGAUGAGACAAGAAUUCGAGGCGGUCAGGGCGCGGUACGAUGCAGAGCAGCAGGGCGACGUGAUGGACGAGACACCCCCGCGUAUUGGGCGAGUAGAGAGACUCAUGUAG